AGAGUCCUUGUGAGUGAGAGGACUUUGCUGCUUGUGUAUGUGCUCUUUUUUUGCGUGUGUGUGUGUGUUUGCCCUGGUGACGACAGAACUGCAGGUUGGGGCAGGGUGGCUGUGUGACGCUGUGUGUGAGGGGAGUAUCCUGAGCUCGGUCUUUCACUCAGACACACACAAACACACAGAAGAUAUUGCUCACCGGUGCUCACACACACACACAUACACACAGAAAGACAGAGGAGACAAGAGCAAGACAUCAGAGGUGACCAAAAAAAGGACUUUGUAAAGCAAGAAAACAAAAAGAGUGAAAGAAGAACAAGAUACGACAAGAGAAAACAUGACAAUUGGCAAGAACUCGAGGAAAAGCUCUGCGCGGAGCUCCAUCCGGGCCCCAAAGUUUCUGGACAAAUCCAGUGGCUUCUACGGUCGCCUUGAUGAGCCUGAGGCGCCUGGAGAAGGAGAGAAGGUGAGGGGAAAAGAAGUGGAGGAGACAUUCAACUGGACAGAGGACGGCAACGGAGACGGGGGAGUCACAAGCAGCCCCAGUCCAAGUGAGGUGCGCAUGUCUGGGGCCGAUGAGAAGGAAGAAGUCGAGGAGUUUGAGCUCAAUGAAGGGAUGAUGGAAGACGACGGGGAGACUCUCCUCCAGAGGAAACCCAGCCGUCGCAGCAGCCGCUGGAGAAGAAGCUCCAGGAGGAAGCAGAAGGAGGGGCGAGCCGAGGAGGACGCUGCCCGGGAUGAGAGGCCCAGCCUGGGCACAGAGAGUCCCGUUGAACCACACGUCCUGGAGGACACCAAGGUCAUGAUCGAAGUGAAGGAGAUGGAGGAAGAGGAUGGCAAGGCAGGAAAGGGAAAGGAGCCCAUGCUUGUUCACUUCCCGGUUCGGGAGGAUAAAGACGACCAGGUCCUGAUCAGAGACAGGAAGAAGGAGGAAGAGGAGGAGAGGGAGACAAAAAGGGAACAAGAGGAGGGGAAGAAGGUGGUGAAGAGGAACACGGCGAAGAAUUAUCGCAAGGCCUUGGACCGAGCCUUCCGUCGCGGCUGGGAAGCCUUCAUCGCCAACGUCUACAGCGUCACGCUCACACCUGUGACAUCAUCCUCACCGCCGUCUUCUUCACCUUCGUCAAAGAAGAAACCGCAGUCCAGCUUGGUGUUAGCUGAGUUCCUGUAGAACUGGAGAGCGACAUG